ACAUCUGUGUGGUAUCUCUGAGAAACUUAUCUGUAUCUCCCACUGGUUAUAAUCAGUGUUUAGUGUAAGAUCAUGGCCUCUGUCAAGUUGUUAGUUUUGUUCUCUCUAGGCUGUUAUGCCGUUUCUUCUGAACCUUUGUAUGUGUUGAGUCAGCUUGAACAGACUGCCCAUCAGGAGUUUAAGGCACUAGUUAGUACCUUGUUGCUGGGGAAGAAACUGGAACAUUCUUUUCACAAGGAACAUAGAAGCAGACUCAAGUCUUUCUCCUUUAAGAACUGUGCCAACCCGCAAGAUGAGAUUCUGGUACCAAGCAACAUUAAUGUUACGCCAGACCCCAUCAGUAUACCUGGAAACAUCACCAUCUCUGGAGGGCUCUUAAUCAACAAGCCUUUUGGGGCGCCAUUAAUUACAGAUAUCGUGGUUGAAAAGGAAGUAUUUGGUCACUGGAUCAAGAUCCCGUGCAUCGACAACAUAGGCUCCUGUACAUACCCGGACAUGUGUGCCACUGUCAACGUCCAGAACUGUCCACCCCAGUUUAUUAACGUUGGUCUUCCUUGCAAAUGUCCAUUCCCGGCGGGGAACUUCAAUAUCCAACCCUUCGAUGUCAACAUCAAUAGUGAUCUACCUUUCAAAAUAAGUGGAGGGGUCAAAGUUCAGAUUAAUGCAACGUUCAACGGUGCCCUAGUGACCUGCGUUGCGUUGGAGUUAGACCUGGCCUGAACAGCCUGAACUUACUCAAACAUUGCUUGUUGUUUUUUAUUUCAAUCUCUAAUAUCUGAAACAUGUUCUGCAUAUUUGUAUUACUAGCUGUAUAAUAUCCUUACAUGUUAAGGUACUGCUUCCAGAUCCUAGGUUUAAUAACCUAGAUGCUUGUGCAUUUUACAUUUGUCAAUGCCUCGUAAUAAAAUAUAUUGUCUUUCA